CCCGGCGCAGCUUCCGGGGCAGGCGCGGCCGUUCCGGGCGGUGCGGGCACCAUGGGGGUGACGCGGCAGAAACACGCCAAGAAGAUCAUGGGCUUCUACAAGCACAGCUUCCAGUUCCGCGAGCCCUUCCAGGUGCUGCUGGACGGCACCUUCUGCCAGGCCGCGCUCCGCAACAAGAUCCAGAUCCGGGAGCAGCUGCCCGGGUACCUGGGCGGCGCCGCGCAGCUCUGCACCACGCGAUGUGUUAUAAAAGAACUGGAAUCAUUGGGGAAAGCACUGUAUGGAGCAAAAUUAAUUGCCCAGAGAUUUCAAGUUCGAAACUGUUCUCACCACAAGGAUCCUGUGAGUGGUUCCACCUGUUUACUUUCUAUGAUUGAAGACGGCAACCCUCAUCACUUCUUUAUUGCUACACAGGACCAGGACUUAUCAAACAAAGUGAAAAAGAAGCCUGGCGUUCCUCUCCUCUUUAUUAUUCAAAACACGAUGGUGUUAGACAAACCUUCUCCUAAAUCUUUGGCAUUUGUUCAAAAGUUGCAGACAAAUCAGCUUGUUCCAGAGUACCAAAAACAAAGUAUUGUGGAGCUUAAAGAGAAAGAAGGACUAGCAAAGCAAGAAGGUGAAAAGAGGAGAAAACGCAAAAGGGCAGGUGGCCCCAAUCCACUCAGCUGUCUGAAGAAAAAAAAGAAGAAAACACAGGAGGGUCAGGAUCCUUCUGCUGAAAAGAAGAAAAGAAGAAAAAGAAAACGAAAUAGAGUUAAAGCAGAAACCAUGCCAUCAGUGCAGAAGAAAGAAGGAGAAUAAAUUCAUCUAUGUAAACAGCACAUGGCUUGAACAUUGUUUGAACUUUGCAAAAAGAAAGAUUAUUAUGCGUGAAAUUGAGUUGUUGAUAUUAAAACUUAUUUUUAUUA